AUGAAGCACAAUGCUUCGUCACAGCUCCUCCGGGCAUUCCAGGGCCUGAGGAUAUCACCGGCAGCGACCCCCUUGCGACCUCGGGUCAUCCCCGUCCCGACCUCGAUCUUCACGACAGCAAGCCCAUCCCCGAUACUCUCCAAUGUCCGAGCCUUCUCCGCUACGGCACCCGUGGCCGGUUCAUGGCUCGAGCCGUUCAUCAACAGGAAACGGAAGAUGAUGAAGGGCCGGCCCAGAGUGCCAACUGGCGGCUCUGCGAAGGGAACGACAGUCGUGUGGGGAGACUACGGCCUGCGCAUGUGGGAUCACCACCGCCGGAUCAGCGCCAAGCAGCUCAAGGUUGCCGAGGACACCAUCAAACAGAGGUUACGUGGUCAGCGAUAUCGUUUGUAUAAGAGGGUUGCUUGCAAUGUUGGUGUGUACGUCAGCGGUAACGAGAUGCGUAUGGGUAAGGGCAAAGGUUCUUUCGACCAUUGGGCAACGAGGGUUGCCGUCAACCAAAUUCUCUUUGAGAUCAGGGGAGCUAUCCACGAGCAAGUCGUUCGAGACGCUUUCCGCUUGGCUGGCAACAAGCUGCCUGGGUUCUACGAGUUCGUCAAAAAGGGAGAUGCCCCGGUUGUGGGUAUCACAAAGUUGGAUGGCAUCACGCUGGAAGAGCUGAAGCGCCCGAGGAGAAAGCUUCCUGAGGCUGAGAAGCCAUCUGUCCCUCCAACUGUGGCAAGCACACCCAGCUCUGUCCCUCCUCCAUCAUCAUAG